AUGGAUUAGGAUUCUGAAGGUUUUUAAGAAAGGAUUGAUUUGCCAGAUCCAUUUGAAAAAAAGAAAAUGGAUUUUGGCCUACCUGAUUAUGAAAGCAUCAAGCAACUGUAAAUUACAGAAAAGUAGUUAGUCAUUUUAACAGAAACAGGGAAAAUUUUUAGAUAAUUAUAUGAAGAAAGAAUUUAAUUGCAAGAAAUAGAAUUGCCAUAAUCAUCAUAGCCUAUUUAUAAUAUUGUUACUAACAUUUUUGGAAAAAGCUAAUCAUAUGAGCCUAUAGAAAAAUUUUUUUUAGAUAAGACUGGAAAUCAUUGCUUACUGCAAGGAAAAAAUGAGUAAACAUACUAUUGGCAUGCAUCUGAAAACAAGAUUAAGAUAGUUUUGUCUAAAUUCAAUAAAGAUAUAACAUCUUUGGCAUUUGAUGAUGCAGCAAUCUCUGAUCAAGAAGUUGCUUUCUUAUUUGGAACAAAAAGCAAAGAAUUUUUUUAUGGUAGAAUACAAAGGAGAAAGACAAAUGACAUAGAGUUUACUUGCUAUUAAAUUGAUUCGCUAGUAACGAAGAGCCCUAUUUAAAAGAUUUUCAUUUAUCAGCUAGAUUAUUAAAAAACCAAUUACACAUGUGUACUUGUAUGUGAUGAUUAGACCUUUAAUUACUUCUAUGAUGAGCAGCCUUUGCCAAAUCUUUUUAAAAAGUAUGAAAAAGGAAGUGAAAAUCUUGAUGAAAUACCAAUCAAUCCUCCAGGAAAUAUAAUUAUACAUAUGGCUAAAAAAAUUGGUUGUAAUAGACCUCAUUCUUUUGCUUAUACCACAGGUUCUACUAUAAUAUGUCUAUAAUUAUCAUCUGUUAAUGAAUUACCCAACGACUCUUUCUUGAAAAACUUUAAAUUUCUUUAGUAUGCUAAAACAGAAGAAGAUUCUCGUAAAGAUGUGAAAGAUAGAUUUUUAAUUGAAGAAAGAAUCCUCAAAAUAGGAUUAACAGAAUUUCAUUACUUUUUGCUUCAUGAGGACUGUCUAACAGUAAUGAGUAGAUUAGAUUAAAAGGUAGUUACUACAUUUGAACUGGGAAAUAUGUAGGGACCUGUGAUUGAUAUGAUCUACGAUGAUUCUUCCAGUUAAAGAUCUUUUCUUAUUUAUUCUAGAAAGAGAAUUUUAAAAAUUGUGAUUAACAUGGAAGAAGAAUUUGCAUGCUAUGAUUUAAUUAAGUAAAAAGAUAUAAAAGGUGCUUACGAGCUAUGCAAGAGAACAAAUUUGGACUGUCUUCCUUAUGUUUCUGGUUUAUAUGGAGAUUAUUUGUAUUAGGAAGGAAAGUAUGUGACUGCUGCAUAAGUUUAUUCAACAUCAUAAAAAACAUUCGAAGAAAUUAUGAUUAAGUUCUUAAAAAACGAAUCACUUGAAUAGAUUGAAGGCAUAAUAGAGUAUCUGUAAAUUUAAGCUGCAAGACUCAAUAAUUAGAAAAAUUAGGUUUAAUUUAAAAUAAUUUCAGGAUUGAGCUUAGAAUAUUACAACUAUAAAAUUAAUGAAUUAGAGAAGUAUUUAGAAGUGCUUAUUUAAGAGGAGGCAUAAAAAGAAUUAGAAAAGUAAUCAGACUAACAUCUUAAAUUUAAAAUAGAAUAUAGAGGCAAUUAGCUACAGGUAGUUUAUUUAGAUAAUUUAAAUGAAAUGAGAUUGAGAAAGCAAAGUGGUGAAGAUCAAACACCAAUGUCUUAGCCCUCAAAUAAAUUGAGUAACGAUGGUUAAGCUGAUUAAAAAAGAAAAGCUUCUUAAAAUUCUAUCACAAGUAAAAGAAUUGUCAGGAUAUAAAGCAAGCUUAAAAAAAUAAAAGAUAAUUAUAACUCAUUUUUGAAAAAUCUUAAUUCUUAAAUAGAUCAAGAAUUCGUUUAUGAAAUAACUCAAAGUCAUGGAAGAAUUGAUGACUGCUUACAGUAUGCAAAGGAGUAAAAUAAUUAUGAAAAUGUUAUAACACAUUAUGUAAACGAAUAAAAUUACAAAGAAGCUGUCAGCUAUCUAAAAGUUUUAGCCAAAAAAGACAGCAAAAGAGCCAUAGAAAUCAUAUACAAAUUUUCUUACAUUUUACUCUAAAAAGUUCCUGAAGAAUUCAUUUCUUUGGUCUUAAACUCUAUCAGAGAUUUCCAACCUUCUAAAUUGAUAUCAGGAUUAAUGAAUAUUCCAGGCACCUUUAGAAAAUUUGGAAUCUAAUUUUUAGAAAAUUGUGUUUAUAAAUAAAAGAGCUCUGAUAAAAUCAUUCACAAUCUUUAUCUUUUUUUCUUGGCAAACCAAAUUCGUCCUGAUGAAAACAGCCAAACUUAAAAAGUUGAUGAGGAAGCUUACUAAUAACUUAUGGAUUACUUGAACAAAGCAGAAGAACAAGAAAACUAGUAAAUUUAUGGAAGUUUAUAGAAUGAUGAUUCUGAAAUAAGUUUGUAUUCAUAAAAAUCAUCAAGAAAUUCUCAAAAGCAACAAAAUUAUAUUCUGAAAUUUGAUUUAGAUUUUGCACUUCAUUUAUUUGAAUCAAAAAUGAUUACAGAUGCGAUGGUCAAGACCUAUGCUUUGAUGAAUUUUUAUGAUUUAGCAGUUAAAUUAGCUUUAGAUAAAAAUAACAUUAGCCUUGCUAAAGAAUAUGCUUCAAAGCACCAUAAUGAUGAUAAAAAACAUAAAUUGUGGCUCAAAAUAGCAGUUCAUUUAAUUUAAACAUAGUAAUCCCAAAAUGUUCUAUAAUUAACAAAUGACAGUAAUGGUUAUUUAAAAGUAGAGGAUCUUCUUCCACAUUUUGGAGAAGUUCAUCAAAUAGACCUACUCAAAGAAUAAAUUUGCAGUAAUUUAGAAGACUAUAACAAUGAGAUUGAAAAUUUGAAGAAAGAAAUGGAUUAACUAAACGAAAUGUCAGAUUCACUUAAGCGUGAAAUUAAUACUUAUUCUCAUAAAUCUCUAUAGAUUAAGGGAGAAUAGGAUUGCAGUAUAUGUCACAGAAACCUUCUUUCAUAAGAUCAUUAUUUCUUUGGCUGCUUCCAUGGUUUUCAUAGAAAUUGCUACAUUUAAAGAAUGUAAAGUGAUAUAAUAGCUGAAUAAGAGAAAGAAUAGAUAAGCGAUUAAGGCGAAAAAUAACUAACUUCUUAUUCUCAAAAGAGAGUUUUUGAUAAAAUAAUAUCAAUAAAUUAGUACAUCAAUAAAAUCUAAUCGGAUUUAAAAAAUAAACAAGAAGAAGAAAUUAAGUAAAUGAAAUUAAUGUUAAUAGAUGAAAAUCAAUAAUAGUAAUCCUCUUCAAUUACUAAAUUCUUUAAAGGACUUGGAGGUGCUUUAAUAGGUGGAGCAGGUAAAAAAGAAGAUGAAUAAUAAGCUACUAUAGAUAUUAAUGCUUUCAAAAAAAAACUAAGUUCUAUGGCAAAUCUCAAAGAUAUGUUAUAAUUAUUUUUAAGUUAAGAAGAAAGGGAUGAAUAUUAUAAACAAGUAUAAAUUGUUGAUGACUUUCUCUCAAAAGAGUGUUAUUUUUGUGGACUUUCUUCUGUUGAUCGUAUUCAUACAUUUUAUCCUAAAAAUACUAAGAGUUCUAUUGAUUGGGCGAUUUGA